GAUUGAGGCGCAGGUGACUAGCUUACCAUUUAUUUUCAAGAUGGAUUCCGUGUUGAUAGAACCUCCGGUUUAUGGGGACCGAAAGAAGAUGUCUUCUAUCGAAGAAGACUUCACUUAUGGCGUGACAGUCGCUCAGACGAACAUUAAUGUCCGUCUUGGGUUUCUGAGGAAAGUGUAUGGUAUCUUGAGUGCCCAACUUGGAUUGACAAUUCUCAUUUCUGCUCUCUUUAUGAACACUCCAGCCAUCAAGGACUUUGUACAAAGCAGGCCUGAAGUCCUGUUUGUUGCAUUCAUUCUUUCAUUUGGUUUUCUGAUUGCCCUGAUGUUCAAGAGGAGGGAGUCACCCAUGAACAUGUACCUGCUAUUUGGCUUUACACUUGUGGAGGCUUACACACUGGGAACACUUGUGACCUUCUUUGACCGAAUGAUUGUCCUGGAGGCAUUUGGAAUGACAGCAGCAACCACUAUUGCACUAACGAUGUACACACUACAGAGCAAGAGGGAUUACAGCUCAUGGGGUGCAGGUCUUUUCACAAUGCUGUGGAUCUUCAUCUGGGCUGGGCUGUUGCAGAUGUUUUUCCAGAGUGACAUUCUAGAGUUGGCAUACGCUGUAUUGGGUGCUCUGCUCUUCUCCGCCUUUAUUGUAUUUGACACACACAUGCUGAUGAACAAGAUGUCACCGGAGGAGUACAUCCUAGCUUCAAUAAAUCUUUACAUGGACAUUAUCAACCUCUUCAUACAAAUCCUCAAGAUUCUGGAGUCUAUGAAGAAGCAUUAAGUUUGAUCCUUGUCGGGGCUUGCGCUAAGAGAUCACGUGACCUUUUUGGGUGGAAAAUUCAAAACAAAAUAAUCAAACAAAAAAAUCAGAAAUGACUGUGCCCAUCACACCAGAGAACGAAAAAGAGAUGCAAUCUUUAAAUGGAACUAAACCCUUUCUGAAAAAAAGACUUCUGUUUUUUUCGUAAUCUUUGAAUAAGUUGCUUUUUGUUGCUGUUUUUUUUGCCGCUAAAAGGCUGAGCGGGCGCAAGUUUGGCACCCAAACACCCCAAACACGCGAUCUCUUAGCGCAAGUCCCCUAGUUUUUCUAGGCACCUGCAGGUACUUAAAGAUACCUUGUCAGCCACACCUUAAUUGGUUUUUCAACCGAAAUUGUAAAACAAAUAUAGGAGAAGAAUACCUUUUUUAACACAUUGACCCCUCGACCGGCCUGUACCGGCCUUGAGAAGUACCCAGAACCCACAAAAUUCAUAAAUACAAAAUAAACACAAAAGGAUGAAGAUA